UUAGGGGAAACAUGGAGUACGUUUUGGGGAUGACCACAAUAAGUUGAGCUUCAAAUUGGGUGGUACACUAUUUUCUUAAUAAUGCAACCUCACCAUCUCCCCAAAUCAGAAGCUGACAGAAAAGCUUCACAGGGACGUCGUCGUUGUUCAACAGCAGAAAAGCUUCACAGGGACGUCGUCGUUGUUCAACAGCAGAAAAGCUUCAGCCAAGUUCUGCUGUAUGCAUCAUGACGAUUCAUGCAGUCACUCACACAGGUAAAGAGGGAAAGAUUUCAAGCACAUGUAACAACACACAAGUGAAGCUCUUCAUGUAGAGGAGAGAAUGUCAUUUCCAUCCUCUCUCAAUUAAUCCUCUUUUUUUUUACUCGUGAAAAUCUUAAUUUCUUGCAUAUCACCGUUUCUUAAAGUUACUAUUACGACGACUCAUUCAAAUAUAUGAUCAUCCCUCUUUAACGCGAUUGGGAAACCUAUGUAAUGGAUCGGACAUUUAAAACUCCAUCAAACCUCAGACUAAAGACUAUAUAAUUGUUCAACAUCUCAUGGCGGAUGGCAAGGCUCUUUACGCAUUUGACAUUACUAUUUUUCAUAUUUAGCCAACGAGCACCCGUUCUCAACCACGUCCACCGUCCGAGUGAUUCUCAGUUGCAUAUUCACUCUUGUAUAUCCUUAUCUUAUUCAUGGCUAAAUGUAUUACAACUCUUUUUUGAAGAGGAGCAAGGUAGAGAGAUUCGUUGUAUAAAACUUUGGUCGAUAAAUUUGUGACAACAAAGUCUGAAUCCGUUCUUUUCUCUUAUUGCCUCAAUCUUGUCAAAACUUCUAUCAGAUUCUCAACCCCCUUCUCAUUGUCCUUUGGAAUACUACAUGUGGACAAUAUGCUUGACGAAGGAUAUAAUUAGCUCAUCAAGUCAUCGAUUUUAGUGCAAAAUAUCUUAUAAGAUCAUUAACUUUAACCAUGCCAUGGCCUAGUACCUUUAGAUCAUCCUAUUAACAAAUUUGCAAAGGGAGAAAUAAAGGCAGGAAUAGGGGGUAUAUAAGGGAAGAGAAGGGCGAGCGACUGAGUGGAAAGAAGAGGGAGGGAGGUGGAAGUGGGGGAUGGUAAGGUGUCAAAUUUGGUGGCAGAAAAGCGGCAGAGACCCCCUUCCCCUGUUUUCUCUGCCUCCAGUCCAGAGAGCCUCACAGUGAAAAAACAGAGGCAGAACGUGUGCGUUAGAGAAUUUUGGCAUUGCUGCUGGGUUUGGGAAUGAAAUGGGGAGGUUUAGCCUUUCAGUAGAGAGCAGACAGUGAAGCAAAGGCAAAAGCUGCAACCAAUUCUUUCAACCCCAAACAUGGUAAUUGCUUAGGAACACACCCUUCCUUCCCCCCACUCAUUCUCCCUCCUUCCCCCCAUUGUCAUCUUCUUCUCCUCUGUAAAACUCUCUUUUGGGGUUUCCCCUUUUCCAGUCACCCUCUCUCUCUCUCUCUCUCUCUCUCUCUCUCUCUCUCUUUCUAUAUAUCCAUCAUCGACAUAAUCUCUUGAUUCAUAAACCAUAAACCCCCAUCCGAAGUUUCUCUGUUGAACAAGAAGAAGAAAAAAAAGGUGCUAUCUUGCACUGCCCUGCAUCAGUCAAACCCCAACAGAAAGGCUGUCUAAAGAAAACUUCAGAAGUUGUUGCUGCUGGUUGCCAGUCUUCAAUGGAUGCAAUGAACAGAAAAGGGUCAUCAUCAUCAUCGUCAUCAUUGUCUAGAAGAAGAAGAAGCUAUAUAAGCAACAGCUGCUGCAGAGGAGCAUUACUCUGUUUCUGCAUCAGCAUCACCUUCUUCUUCUACAGUAACACUCUGUCUUCUCCUGGCACCAGGUGCCCCUUCUCUGCUUCCCCCGAUUCGUGUUUUCAGGAAUCCACGAAGGUGGAAGACUGGACGACGUCGUUUGCUAGGAGGUUGCUGGGGGGGCCAGGGUCGUCGCCGCCGCGGUGCGCGUCGAAGUGCGGGAAGUGCACGCCGUGCAAGCCGGUGCACGUGCCGGUGCCGCCGGGGACGCCAGUGACGGCGGAGUAUUACCCGGAAGCGUGGAGGUGCAAGUGCGGCAAUAAGCUCUACAUGCCAUGACCAUAAUGAUGAUGAUGAUCGUCAUUAGAAUCAUAAUCAAUCAUCGAUCCAUCGUACUAAUCAUAUACAUGUUUGUCGGGAUUAUCGAUCAAUGUCGUGGAUGGGAUGAUGAUGGUGAUGAUGUGUCGUUAUCGAAAGAUCAUGAUGAAUUUAGCUCCAACAACGUAAUGUUGGGUUGUGCCUUUGUCGUAAUUAUUAAUAUACAUAGAGUUUGAUUAAUUGGUGUUAAGUGGUGAUUGCAAAAAACAAGAUGCCUUAUUACCUUAAUUGGAAGGGUGGGCCCCUGGGCCCUGAUGGCUAGGGGGUUGGUUUUAAGUACGUGAAUAGCCCAAGCCCAACUCGACUGCAAUGGUUAAUUGGUGGUCCAGUAAUGCAAUGAAAGCUACCAAUUCACUUUGAAUGGAAAAGUUUCUAGGACCAAUGUUACCUACGAUGAAAAGAUUAGCGAUUUCACUAUCCUGAGGCAAAUGGGGUGGGAACGUUAUUCUCGUUCAGUGAUAGAUGCUACGUGUAGUAGAUGAUGGGUUGUAGGUUUCGAAGUCCGGUAUCGAUAUUGGGAUAUUUGGUAUUAUCGAAUAUACGUAUUAUUUCGUA